CGUGACGUCACCGCCUCUUCGCCGCCGCCUCCAGUCAAAAUGGCGGCUCCCAAUGACUACUUUAGCGUCGGGAGCCAAGUGGCGUGCGUGACCUGCCUCGGGCAGAAGAUCCACGGCGAGGUGCUCGCCUUCGACUACCACUCCAAGAUGCUCACCCUCAAAUGCCCGUCGUCGAGUGGCAAGGUGGGCGUGUGCGACGUGCUGCUCCUCAACCUGGCCCUCGUCUCCGAGGUGGACAUCCUCGCCGAGAGCAGCGAGCCGCCCCCCGUGCUCACGUCGCUCAACACCAACAAGAUUUGGUGGCAAGCAAACAGACUGAGCGGUGAACUCACCGAGCUACCGGCAACUCAUCCGCCCAUAUCGAUACCCGACGGAAAGUCCUCUCUCAAGCCGGGUGCACAGCGAGGUGGAGGAGAAGUUGAGUCACGCUCACGCCGUGAGCAUGGGGGUGUCGCCCGAGGGAAUCCUGUUGUUCCAAACGAUCCAGAAGACGAUCAAGGAAUGCAAGUGGAACGAGAAGAACAUCAUCGUGCUGGAGGACGUGGUCAUCUCUCCGCCGUACCGCGUCGAGAACUGCAAAGGCAGAGAAGGGAGCGCACUGACGCACGUGCGCAAAAUUGUUGAAAAACACUUCAAGGACGUGGACCAAGCCAAGUCGGGGCAGCCUUUGGCGCAGCAGCAGGCGGCACAGAGAGAAGCCCCGCUGUCGUUAUGAACCUCGGGGUUGCUCGUCCCCCCCCCCCACCUCUCCCUCCCCACCUGUACCCCCCCCACCCCGUUCCCCCAACCCACCGUCCCCCCCCGCCCUCCCUCCAACACCUGCCCAAACGGACAACCACGACUUCGUCCACUCUACCCAUGGCCACUCGGCUCUGUCCGAGGUGAUGGGGCGAUUAAUAAAAGAAGCAUCAACUGGGACCUCUUAAUCGCAGCCCCGCUCCUCCGGUCACCCCCCCUCCCCCCACUGGUCGCCCUCCCGCCCCCACUCCUCUCGGAGAGGUCCCAGAAGAAUGAGAUGAGUACAAAUUAAUCCAACAGCCGAAAUAACUACGUUCCAACUUACCAAAUUCCCAAAAGUUAUGUUUUACGAUGAAAAUAUUCCUCGUUCUUUUUUUUUCUCCCCCCCCCCAACCCCCGUCUUGUUUUGAAAACUGUUACACUCUUGGCCUUUGAUUUGGACAAAUUGAGUGCUAGAAUUUUCCGUCCCGUCACGUGAGAUAUGUCGGUCUUCCAAGUCUGAUGGCCCCGAGUUGGUGUCGACGCGGACUGCUGUUUUUGUAAAUGCCGUCCUCUCGUCUUAUCAACUCGAUUGGAAAUCAGUGUCCCCCCUGUGGUCUGUCCUCUGUUGAAUUCCUCGCAGUGUCGAAAUCUAAAACUCCCGAUAAACGUUUCCUUACGCGGCCCACAGAUCCACGCCGAACGUGCUACGCGCAAAUUAAAUUGUCCUCUGUGGCGAUUUCUAUUUAUGAGCGUGUAAUAAAAAAAAAUAUUUUCAAAUUUUUUUUUGUUGGGGGGGGGGGGGGGGGCGGGGGAAGCGUGGGAGGAGCUGGGGGGGGGGGGUCGUGGGGAACAAGUGUACGUAUUGCAGAAAUGCCACAUUCAGAGUCGGCUCGUGUAUUUAAUUUAACCCAUGAAACGUACUCAUUUUAACACUUUGUAAUUUUCAUUGCCAGUGGACAGAUUUGAUUGUAAAUUAUGCAUCGGCGACACACAACAAGGACCCGUUCCGAGGAAGCCGGUCUCGGUGAGUGUGGCAUCUCCGCGACUCGUCGGUCGGAUCAUCGAUCCGACGAUCAAGCCCCCCCUGGUUUUUGGGGGCUAUAAAAAGUGAGAGAGAAAACAAAAAUGACGUGUGAGAAAAUAUUACAAAUAGAAGAAGACUGAAGGAGGAAGAAAACCCAACAAAUGACGUCUCGGAGCGCGCGAGUCUUUUGCUGUCGCGCCAGCUUAAUUAAAGCCGCCAGGGUUAGUCGGCGAAUACGUUGGGCGUGUCGUUAACGGAGUCUUAAACGAGUGCUCGUUAGAGAACGCCUCUUCCAGAGCACCGCCAGCCGCGCCUCUACCGCUGCCGCUCCUCGGGGUAAAAGUUGGCGACGGCUGGAGAGGGCGCCAGCGCUCCUGUGCAGGUUUUGCCGGAAAAUAUUGGGAACGACGGAUAGUCGUUAACGGUGCGGAGCGAACGGAGCGCGCACGCACCACCCGCGCUACGGUUACGGACGGACUGUAGCGCCCGCGCUGCGCGCCGCUCGCCACUCCCUCCCUGCCCCCCCCCAAACCCCCCCCCCCCACCCCCCUCUCUCUCUGCACCAACCAACCCAUACCAACUCCUCAACUUCCAAGCUCUCCCCUCCGCUGCCUUCCCCACCCACCCACCCGCCCACACCCUCAAUAUGGAAAGAUUUCGGUUUAUAAAUUAAAGAUGAGUCUUAUAAACGGCU